GAGCCGAAAAAAACAGCCAUCCCCGCUGCCUCCUGCGCGCAGACCCCGAGCCGAGGGUCCCUCGGGCCGCCAGGCCUUGUUAUGCUGCCGGGAGCUGUCGCUCUGCGCGCUCCCCUCCGCCGCGCGGGGUCAGCAGGGCGGCCCAAGCCAUGACCCGGCCGCUCGGCGUGGGUGUGCCGUCGCCGGUCCCGCCCGUCAACAGGUCCCGACGCCAUUUUACGCCGGCGGCCGCGGCCAGAGAGACGACCCAAGGCUUCAGAAACCAGACCAUUACGGAGUUCUUCAAACCAGUUUUAAACCAAGACGUUGGCUAUAAAGACAGAACUGUGUUGUGCUCACCGGACAGAGGCAAUGUAAAAGAUGCAGGAAUCGAACUGUCAGUGUUAUGCACUGAACGUUUUGAAAAGAAAAUAUCUUCUCCAAAGAAGGUCAGAAGAAAAAAGAUGCCAGACCAAACGCCAAACACGAGUCCUAUAUUAGAUGCCUUUCGGAGAGGAAUUAAGGAGGAAAAGGACAAUGUAAACACUUCAGAGAAUGGCAGAACAUGCAAGGCACUCGAUUCAUUAUACCCAAAAGUUGUGAUUCGAAAACUCUUUACCACAGCAUCUCACAGCUGUUUCUUGGCCAAAAAGGAUAAAACUGUCAUGUCAGAACAGGGAAGAAUUGAAUGUUUGGGUGUAACAAGAGCACCAUUGUCUUGUGGAAAUAGUUGGGAAGAGAAAGCUGACUGUAUGGAUCUUGAAGAUGUUAGUUCAGGCUCUGACAAAUGGGUUUCAUCAUCGGAAGUUGAUAAUCGAAAAGCCUGUACCAGAAGUAACGGCACUGUGAACAACGUAUCUCUGUGCCAGAAUCCAGGGCUGCCCAUGAAAUUGCCCUGCACUGACUCUGAAUUUAGGUUGUCACCAGAAGGUCUCCACAGAGAAAGGAAGCGGAAGGAACAUCGGACAAAACAAUCUAAGCCAUGUCCUGUAAAGCCAUUCUCAGGAACGAGUGUAUCACAUCAGGGAAACGGAUGUCUCUUUCUCAAAAGACGACUUUCUUGUUCAGAGGGGAUUGCCUCAGAUGACCCAUCUCAACCAAAGCAAAAGCAGCUUUCAGAACAUGAGGCGUCUUCUCCAAAUGCACUGAGAACAUCAUCUGAAAUGGCUGCUGGUAUGUGGAAGAGCCAGACUGUUCCUUCACACUGCCUUAAACUUAAGGUGUCUUCUGGGCAAUCCAAGCAAAUAGACUUUCUUGGGAAAAGAAAACACACUGCCGUGAGUGUCAAUACAGACAGUUCAAAUCCAUCUGAAUUGUCAAGUUUGAAUGACCCUGAUUUUGGUAGUAGUUCAUCUGCAAAAUGCAAAAAUAAGAGAUCUGCCUUUGUAAAAAAUAUCCUUUUAAAGUCUGCUGGUGAUGAUGUUCUGCAACUGAUAGAGCCUGCUGCUCUCGCUAGACAUGAUUCCACUCUUCCAGAGGAAUACCUCAACUCAAGUGAUGAAAAUAAGAAAAAUAAUCGCUCCUCUGUAGGUUUGUCAUCUUCAUAUUCUGCUCACAGUUCUGGUAAAAAUAACCACAUAUCUGUUGUAGAUACCAAAGAGAAUCAAUUGCAGGUGGCUAACUCACACUUUUUCUUGGAGAAGUCCCUUCUUUUUUCUCAGGAAAAAAGUACUCCAUUGCCUUCUCUCCACCACUUAACACAAACAAAAAAUGUGGACUCUUCGCUCCAGAAUGCUGGCUUAUCUCAGGUACUGGAUGCUAAGAAGGAGCAAGGUGGGAAAAGACCAGAAAGGCAUGAACACAGUGAAAGUUACAGUAUUCAAUCCAGAAGCAGUUUUUUAAAAACUAAAGACAGGACUUUGGAAAAUGCUUCAAAUCCUUGUUCAGUGGAAGGUUCUGGCAGACCUGCACUCUCAGAAGAGACUGGUAAAAGUGUUCCCUGUUCAUUGUCUUUUAAAGAAAGGUGCAUGGACAGCGACCAUCUGUGUUCGCAGCUCUCAGAGUUACAAGUUGAAAGCACCUGUACAAACAAGUCCAAGCCGAAUAGAAAAUCAAAAAGCAGCUUUGAUAGUGAAGAUGGGAGUUUGGAAUGCGGUCUAGAUGAAGAGGAUGAUGUUGAUGAUGAAGAAGUAUUCAUGCCACUGCAAGAAAUUCUCUCUUUAAGUCCCAAGCCACAGGCAGGAACCCUGGAAGAAUCUUGUCUUGACAGUUUUUCGCAGGACACCCUGACUCCAUUACUGAAGCUUCAUCUUUCUAAGCCUCCUGUUGUUAGCCGGGUGUCAUACGUGAACAGCUUAGAACAUCUUUUGAAGGAGAAAGAAGAAUCUAAAAGGGUAGACGAACUAGAAAAGCGGUUACAGGAAGACAUACAAGAAAUGGACACUGAUUCUGCAGAGGGAGAUGAUGAGGAGAAUGACAGUGGAGAUGAAGAUCUCUCAGAAGAGCACAGGGCGUUUAUAAAGAGAUUUUCAAUAAUAGCUCAUGCCAUACCUGACUACCACCCUGGAGAAGAUGUAUUUGAUUUCUCAACCUCUAGGAAAGUCUUCAAUCAACAUAAUCUUGACUUGAGGAAUUUUCAUUUCAUCCCUCAAAAUCCAAUAGAAAACCUCCUUCUUAGUUCUGAUGUAACACAGCAGCUUUAUUUAGCUAUUAAUGGUUUUCUAAGUUCUGCCUACAGCUGUAUCUUGUGUCCUGUACCGAUUCUAAAGUGGCUUUUCCAGGUAAUGUCAGUUCAUCCUGACUAUUGUGUUUCCACCCAGAUUUUAGACAGAUUGAUGGAGAUAACACUAAAAAAUGCUUCCAUCAGGGAUGAACAGUCUAAACCAUGGAUUCCUUCACUAGCUGAUGUGUCAGCUGUUUUGGUCAACAUGGGUGUUGCGUUUAGAUCUCUCUUUCCAUUGCAGCAUCUUCAGCCCAACUUUAAUGAGCGUGAUAUUUUAAGUCAGAUGCAAGAAAUGGUGGGUAAACCACAGCGAAGAGGACACCUAACCUCUGCCAGUCCAGCAUUCUCCAAUCUACCAGAAAACAAUUUGAUCAAUGUGAUUAAGUUUCUAGGUUUCUGUACAACAGUAGUUCAAGGUGGAUAUACUGAUCGAGAAAUAGUGCUGCUGCUUCUAUUGCUGUUUAAAAUAAGCUUGGAGAAACAGUUAAAGCAAAUACCUUUGAUAGAUUUUCAGUGCCUUUUCGUAAAGCUUCUGAUAAGCAUAGAAGACUGGGAUGCAAAGAUGCCUGAGCUCUGCCUGGCGCUGAGUGAACUCUCUAGUCAUCACCAUAAUCUUCUGUGGCUUGUUCAGCUGGUGCCUAGCUGGAUAAUACGUGGACGGGAAUUAAGACGACGUCUUAGCCUGGUGAUAAUUUCAAAGCUUCUUGAUAAAAAUCAUAGUGAAAUACCUGAUGACUGUGACAAACAGAUGUCUCUUCUGCAUCGUUUUCUCGUGUACAUGAAACCUUCUAACCUCCUAAAGAAGAUGAGAGAAGGACUGGAGCAGCAGAGUGACGACGGAGACCACUUUCCUACAGAACUAGAACAGGAGGCAUACUACCUAAUCUACAUCCUCCUUCAUCUAGUCAGUGAAGCUAGUUUCUUUGAUGUUGUAAAUUCUAAUCAAAGGCAACACUUACUGAAGCUUUGUGGUGCCUUAGAUAAGCACAUAAAAUGUGAUAUUAGGGAAGAUGCAAGGCUGUUUUAUCGAACUAAGGUAAAAGACUUAGUUGCUAGGAUAUAUGGCAAAUGGCAAGAUAUGAUACAAACCACUCGGCCUUCUCAGGGAAAACUGCAUGACUUCUGGGAGCCAGAUUCAUGAAACUUUGCCUAGUUCAGGGAAAGUAACAGGAACAACUGAAACCAAGGAAGACGUAGAAUGAAUGGAGCUUCACCUUGAUCAGAACAGAAGAAAUCUGUCACCUGAGUUAGAACUCAAGCUUGAUACUAGAAACACAAGGAUAUAUUGAAUAAUAUUGCUUUUACUGCAAGUACACUACUUCAGAAAAAUUAAAGUGAGUAAACUGAAAAAACCCAGCUCUUUCUGAAUUGGCUGGAAAUAUUUUAUCGUAUUGAGAAAACUUCCCUCAGCUUUCAUUUCCAUUGUUAAUCACAAGACAUAUUUGAAAACCCUAUCUAUUAGUUUUCUUGCCAGCACACACCUGCAGGCAUUGUUGUAGGAGGGCUGGGAAAGAACAGCCAUGUGAUAUGGAAUGUGAGUGCAGACACAGUAUUAGACCUCCCCUGAUGUGAGCAGGUGAGGAAGAACUUCAGAACUGGGCUGAAAACCAGAAUUGCUCGCACGUGUUAAUCUACACAGCAGAGUUGGUAAGACCCUCCGGUGUCUCUAAAAGUACAAAAUACAGUGGUUGCGUGUAAACAAGUGUGCUGGUGUUCACUUGAGGGCAGAAACAGAGCUUAAGAGUGGCUGCACCCAAACAGGCCAAAUGGAUGCUUUUUUCUUUUGUGGUUGUGUUUUAUCAAUAACGAAAUAGAACUUGUUAUUGCAGUGAUUAAAUCAUUUUAACUUUAAUUCCUCAUCUUUAGACAUUAAUUUAUUUGUGCAGUGAAUGUGACUGCACAGGAAGUGAUUCUGUAAGAGUCAAGUUAUAAACAAGAUCUCAUUACGCCAGUAGUAUCAUUGUACCACUCUUUAAGAAACUAAGUGCAUCUAUACUGGUUAUCAGCCUUCAGCACUUUCUCUAAAUGGAGCAAGUACUAAUCCUAAAAUACCAACUCAGUGGAGAUUUGAGGAGAAGAGCAUUUGGGCCACGUAUGUAAAAGCUGUGAAAGCCAUGUGAGGUCUAGUUUCUGUUGUGUGAAGUCGUGCCUCGCACACAGUCUGUACGCAAAACUCCAAGAGCUGCUUAUGAAGUAAUCAAAGGAAGGUGUGAUCUUCUUUUGUGCUCUCCGUGCAAAUGCCAUCCUUUCAAUCUGACACUGUCGUUUGUCUGUAGGAUGUGGGUGUAUAUGAAGAGAAAGUUAGUGCUGGGUAGAGGCACUAACUGAGAGUGUCCCGUAAAUUAGAUUUUUAAUAAUACCAACAUGUAUGUUUUAUAAUAUGUUUUAUUGUAGAUUACCCUGUCUUGUCUGGUGUGAUAAAUUCCCUACAACUUCUAUGAUGAGGAUGUAAAAUAAAAAAAAAAAAUAUCCCCCCAAAACUUGAAACUUAAGUGUUUAUAUUGCAGAUAUAGGAAUUGUUAUAAAUGGACAUGUCGUUUGGAAAAGGUAUUUUAUUUGAAAAUUCAUAUUAAAUGUUUUGUCUCUCAUAGCAAGCAUUGGAGUUGGCUGAGACUGCCGUGUCUCUGUGCCCUUCACAGGAUAAGCAGCUUAACUCUGUUCAAACAGAAGUUGUGCUAGUGGCAUGUUCAAAGGGGGGAUAAAUCCUUUUUUUUUUAAUCUCAAGAUGUUAUUUAAGAGUAGGAAGAAUCUACCUCAAAGGGUACCUUUGUUUGGCAAUAGAAGGGCUUUACGCUAGAAAAAUUGACAUAGUGUUCUAUAGGUGCGGCAGAGCCAUCUUUUGCCUGUCUGGCAUCCUAUCAGCCAUCCCUCUUGAAUAUAUUGUAUGUAGUUUUAUUAAUGUUUAUUUUUUUUUCACUAACGUUGUAUAAAGUUUAAAAGACUUGCAGAAUAUGUUUACUGUAUGUAUGUGUAUAUAUUUUCUUACCCUGUAAAGUUGAAGUUGUUGUCCUGUAAAUUUUGGAGAAGGAAAGGGGAGGGGUUUAGAUCAACACCUUUUGUACUGCAGUUCAAAGCACAUUGAAACUGCUGAGGUUUUUUCCCAGGUGAAAGAACCACUUUGAUAUUUACUUUUAUUUAAUAGAACAAUGAAAAAAUAAAACCAGACUUGCUUUUCUAAUUGAAUGUCCCUGGACAGAAUGGGCAUGCCUCAGCUCUGUUCCACACAAAACUGGCUGUGGGUCCUGUUUUGGCCUUACGGCACAUGUUGUUGUGAUUUUUCAGUUCACAGUUGAUUAGCUUGCUAUAAAUGGAGAAAGUCUUGGAAUCGUUCUUAGCUCAGCCGGUCCUGUGUUUUCAUCCUUAAUGCCUGUGUAUACAUUCUGGCGUUUUCCAUCUCUCUCCCCCUCCUGCUUUGUCUGGACUCUUUUUCUUCCAUCUGUUUGGUAGCUGAGUAAUUUGAGCAAUCCUUCAGUUGCUUAAGUCUGGCUGUGGGCUGAAUUGGCGCUCAUCAGCAUCCUUACAGAGUUGAUCCCAAAGCAUUGCUGCCGAGUCGGUACAAGGAAUUGCUGAACCGAGCACUGCUUCAGGACUCCUGCAAAUGAAACGGCAAACCCGGCUGCUGUGGUGUUUUGCCGGUUUGUUCACUGGCCUCCAGCCAGAAGUUACAUGCGUUGGGAAAGGUUGUGUGUACAGUCCACGUCUUAACUGCUUUGGUUGUCUUCAGAUAAGCAUUUUGCACUGAGGUUCAUCUUUUGAUACUAUGUUGGCUGUAUUAAGAACCAUGUUGUUUCAUUUUGUGUGAAAUUAGGUGCACUUUAUUGCAGUAAUCACAGACUUAUAUUAAAGGCUGAG